AUGAACAGCCCAGAAGAACAUGGACAUACCGGCAAAGGAGCCCCCAAAAUCAGCUCCCCAUGUUCAUACUGGGUGUCCCGCUGCGUCAGGUCAGCGAGGCCCGAACCGCCCUGGGAGGAGGAGCCCGGGGUCCCGAGCGGUGCCAGCUGUCCUCGCCUCCACGGAGGGCGCCGAGCUCUCCGUGCGCACACCCGGCGGGGUUGCCGGGUAGGACGCUGUCGGCUGCCCUCCCGGAGCGGACUUCCUCUCGGGCCCGCUGCAGGGAAACGGAAGAGGCAGGACGCCCACCACGCGGAGGAGCCCGCGGUCCCGGGUCCGCCGCCGGCAGGGGAGCCGGCGUCCUUCCUGCGCAGGCGCGGCUCCCGGGCCGGGAGGGCGGGGCCCAGGCGCCGAGGGGCGGGGCCAGACCCCGGGCCCGCCUCCACGAGCUCUCGGGAGGCUCCGAGCGCUGGGCACCCCGACUGUUUUAGGGGCUUCAGAGGCGCCGCCCGAGAGACCCUGGGCGGGCGCCGGGCGCAGCCGCCUCUCCGCGUUUGCCUGUGCGUCUUUGUGUCUGUCUGUGUCUGUCAGGCUGUCCCCGAGCUUGGCUCCACUUCUGGAACUAAGCUUCCGGCAGAGCGACAACCCGCGGACCUCAUCCCUUUCCCAUGGCAGAUUGACCAGAUCCUGGUUCACCAGAGGGCUGGGCGCGUGGAAUCGCGCCUAGGCUGGGAGACAAGUAACCGGUAUGAACUGCGCUCGGGGGCUGGGCAGCCCCUGGGUCAGGCGGCUGAGGAGAGCAACUGCUGUGCCCGUCUGUGCUGCGGCGCCCGCCGGCCCCUUCGCGUCCGUCUGGUGGACCCCGGGGACCGAGAAGUGCUGCGCCUGCUCCGCCCCCUCCACUGUGGCUGCAGCUGCUGCCCGUGCGGCCUCCAGGAGAUGGAAGUGCAGUCGCCACCAGGCACCACCAUUGGCCACGUGCUGCAGACCUGGCAUCCCUUCCUCCCCAAGUUCUCCAUCCAAGACGCCGAUCGCCACACCAUCCUCCGAGUGGUGGGGCCCUGCUGGACCUGCGGCUGUGGCUCAGACACCAAUUUUGAGGUGAAGACUCCGGAUGAGUCCCGCAGUGUGGGCCGCAUCAGCAAGCAGUGGGGGGGGCUGCUCCAAGAAGCCCUCACGGACGCAGACGACUUUGGCUUGCAGUUCCCGCUGGAUCUGGACGUGAGAGUGAAGGCCGUGCUGCUGGGAGCCACGUUCCUCAUUGACUACAUGUUCUUCGAGAAGCGAGGAGGCACCGGGCCCUCUGCCAUCACCAGUUAGACGGCAUCUCAGGGUGAGGACCGUCAUCUCGGCCAGAACUCAAGAUGGUCACCUGGCCUGGCCCGGCCCCUCCUCAGAGGCAGCCCCUUUCCUCCAUGUUCACUGCAGAGGACAGACAGGGAUGCCUAAGAGGCUGGGGCCAUGGUGCCCCAUCCCUACCCUACUCCCCUGGCCUCCUUCACCUGUGGCCCCCACAGAAGGGUAUGUAUGAGAGCCCUUCCCCUGCUACCUCUCACCGCUGUCUCCGGCCAUCCCUCAGCACACAGGCGUAUCGGCUUUCAGACUUGCCCGACUCACUUCCUCUCACCCCCUUCCAGGGCCUCUGCUCUGGAUGGGGCCUUGGGAAUCCAGGGCCCUGGGGUUUUACCGCAGAGCUGGGGUGGGGAAGGGUAAACAGCACCAAAGAUGGCUGAUAUGCCACCCACCUCUGCCUCAGCUUGGCCAAUUAGUUCAGCCUCAGAACGUGGCACUCAGAGGGGAUCCCCACUUCCCCAGCAACGGCUAGGGCCUCGGCCCCAGUGCCAACCUCCUCCCCCCCUUGGCCCUCCCCACAGCUGGUGCUUGCUGCAGCUCCGUGUGCCUUAACCAACCACCCCUUCCUUCCCUGUUCCUCAAAGGAGGCUGCAUCUUUGUAUGUUAUAUUCAUAUAAACUUUGUAACGUUUUGGA